AUGAAAUGUAAAGAGAAAAUACUUCAGGGCAAUCAUGUGAGAUGUGAGAAAGUUUCAACGACAGAAGAUUUCUUAAAACUUCUUGGAAGCAUGUCAAUAAGAAUAAUGAAACUACGGGAAUCAAUUGAAUUGAAAAUGGAAGUCACGAAUCGAAAUGUUUUCACGCAUCAAGAGAUGUCAGAACAUCUUUUCGUUCUUUUUCUCAAUAAUUCAAGAAUUAAUGAUAUGCUCUUGAAUUUUAAUCAUUUUAAAAAUUUGUGGGUGGAAAAGAAGAUCUUCACAUCGCAUGUGUGGUUGGAAAUGAGUGACAGUGGUAUAAAAUUUGAGGUCACCUCACACAAGCAUCACUUAGCAAAAACAAUGAAAUGUAAUCAGAAUUGA